CAGCUGACAAGGAUGUAAACAGUUGGAGCAACAAAAGACUUACCUGAAUUUACCUGAGAGCCAAUAACACUAGUGGGCUUCCUGUCAUCGACGAGGACAUGAGGCCGCCGGUGAUUGGCUUGCGGUGUGGCGGGGAGAGUGAAGACGAUCGGGAUUGGCUGGUGGUGGAGGUGGGCGGAGUCUUGGUCGAUGCAGGCCCCGCGGGAAGCCGGGCGCCACUCUGCCUCAAGCUGUCAAUAGGGAAGCGUCUUCUGCAUGAGUUAGAGGGUGACGACCAAGAUGGGGAGUGGUGUGAGUAAGGACGGGCUGGAGGCGACGCCCCUGGAGACCCUGACGGACCACAAUGGGUGCAUCAACUGCAUGGCGCUCUCCGAGGACAGCUCGUUGCUGGUCUCCGGCUCCGACGACAACACCCUCCGGCUCUGGAGCACCAAGACGGAGCCCAUCGAGGACCUGGGCGUCCUGGAGGGCCACACGGGGUUCAUACAGUGCGCCACAGUGUACGACACCUACGUCAUCACGGGAUCUAAAGACAUGACCAUAAAGAAGUGGGAUAUGGCUUCUACCCUCUGCGAGUUCACCUUCCAAGGACACACAGGCCGCGUGAACCGCCUCAUAUGUACCGGAGAGUUCAUCUUCAGCACCUCGCACGACAAGACGGCGAGGGCGUGGCUCUUCGACACCCGCGACGUUCACGACCCCGCCGAGGCCGGCAUCCGCGUCUUCGAGGGACACACUGGGAUAGUGUCCCCUAUCAUCUUCGUGCCGGGGCGGGACAUGGGAGUCCCAGACGAGAACGGCUACAACAUUAACCCGGCGGACCUCGUCAUCACCGCCAGCUUCGACAACACUGCCCGGGCUUGGUCCUUCGAUACUGCCCAGUGCCUCAAGACAUUCAAGGGUCACAAGAAGCCCAUCACCAGCAUGGACACGGACCCCAACGGACACAUCCUGUACACCGGCAGCCAGGACCAGAGUAUUAUCGCUUGGGACAUCUCCAGAGGCACCAAGAUGAAGGUGGUGGAGGACGCCCACGCUGGGGCCAUCCUGUUCCUGCGGGUAGUGAACAGGUUCAUGUACACCACCGGCACGGACCACACGGCCAGGUGCUGGGUGAGGGAGGGCCUGGAGAACACCCGCACCUUCAGGGACCACACCGACUCCGUCCCCUGCGCCAGGUUCCACAAUGGUGUUUUGUACACGGCUUGCAACGACGGCAUAGUGAGGGCCUUCAACGCUAAGAGUGGUUCACUGAAGCGUAAGUUCAUCGGGCACGAGAGUGCGGUGACGUGCCUGGCGGUGUGUGUGAACCAGCAGGGGCAGGAGGUGUUCACGAGGCUCCUCACCGGCUCCAACGACAGCACCCUCAGGGUAUGGAACGCCACGGGCAUCAGCGAGCAGCUGCCGUCAGUGGGCGAGGCUGAGGACCACGAGUACAGCUGGCAGCAGGACCAGCGGCUGGAGGAGCUCAACCGUCACCUAGACGGCUACCUGCCCGACGACCCGCUCUCCAAGUCCUCGGCUUCCUCCGUCGGCGCCGGCAGCAAGACGACCCUCGAAGCUGACACCUUAGGCAUCAUUGAUGUUGACACCUAGAGCAAACGCUUUGGACCGUGGCGAAGGAACGUGUGACGGUGUACACCGCUAGAGGGAGAGGUUGUGACGGUGUACAACGCUAGAGGGAGAGGUUGUGACGGUGUACAACGCUAGAGGGAGAGGUUGUGACGGUGUACAACGCUAGAGGGAGAGGUUGUGACGGUGUACAACGCUAGAGGGAGAGGUUGUGACGGUGUACAACGCUAGAGGGAGAGGUUGUGACGGUGUACACCGCUAGAGGGAGAGGUUGUGACGGUGUACAACGCUAGAGGGAGAGGUUGUGACGGUGUACAACGCUAGAGGGAGAGGUUGUGACGGUGUACAACGCUAGAGGGAGAGGUUGUGACGGUGUACAACGCUAGAGGAAGAGGUUGUGACGGUGUACAACGCUAGAGGGAGAGGUUGUGACGGUACAAUGCUAGAGGGAGAGAUGAAGAUGGUGUACAAGAACUCACAAGUCUCAGAUCCGGGUAUGCCGAAGGCAAACAUUUGUUUUCCAUGCUCAGGGAUUCUGAAAAAUAUCAAUGCAUCUUAGAAGAAAGUAGACAUAAUUCUGUCUCUUAAGCCAAAUAAAUCUGGCAAUUACAGACAAAAUUAAUAAACAUCGUCCAUUAGUAAAACUGGAGAACGGAUGGUUUUAAAUAAGCAAUUGUGGAAGAUUGGAGAUCUACAUAAGCACGUAUUUGGCUUCACUAGAGGAGUAGGUAUAGCAAAGGAACAUUACUAGAAACAGUUAACUUAGGCUCGGCUAUAGUGAUCUUCGUUGAUCUAGAAAAGGCAUUUGAAUUUGCAAGCAAUUUAACACACCUUUAUCCUUUAUCCAAAAAAGAUAUUGUGACAACUGGUAGCCUGGAUUUAAGAUUACCUAAGUCACUGAUGUGCCAAAGCAAAGCUGCAGGGCAAAGUAUCAGUCUACCACCUGCAUUACAAUGGGACUCCACUAGGAGGAGUCUAUACACAGGUGUAGGAUACACACAGGUGUAGGAUAUACACACAGGAGCGGGAUAUAUACAGGUGCGGGAUAUAUACAAGUGUGGGAUAUACAUUGAAAUAACGUAAUAAUGCAUCGUGUAAUAACGCACCUUCUAAUAACGUACCGUGUAAUAAUGCAUUAUGUUAUAACGCAUUGAGUAAUAAUGCACUGUGUAAUAAUGCAUUGUGUAAUAACACAUCGUGUAAUAACGCAUCGUUUAAUAACGCAUCGUUUAAUAACGCAGCACCGUGUAAUAAUGCAUUAUGUAAUAACGCAUUGUGUAAUAAUGCAUCGUGGAAUCCGUACGGUGUAAUAACACAUUGUGCAAUCAGCUCAUGAUGUCUAGUAGUAAGAGAGGGAGAGGGACAGACAGACAGACACAGACAGACACAGACAGACACAGACAGAGACAGAGACAGACAGAGACAGACAGAGACAGA